AUGUUUGAGCGAGUCUCAACUGCCCUAGCCAAAACAAUACAAAACAACCCAUGGAUGAGCCAAGUAGCAGGCAUCUUGCCCUUACCAGCCCUAAUCGACUUUGUUGACAUCCCCGUCAAGAUCCAUACACUGCAAGUAACCGGCAGCUACCCACUAGGACACGUUCCCUGCUGGGAAGACUGUGGCAGAGAAGGAAGGGGGAGGAAUACUACGAUUCUCGCGAAUGAUACGAGCAGGCUAUGUCCUGGUGCGAUGAAGGCUAUUAACCCCAUCUUGGAGCCGAGUGAUGAGCGCUCGCUGUGGGAGGAGGCGACUCGUGAGGCGAUGAUGCUCUGUGAGGAUGUACCGGUGGAGAAGCGGAUUACGGGUCUGAGUAGUACUGAGUGUGGGAAUCUGCUUGGUGAGGAGUGGAAGAGGCAGUAUGGGAGGCUUUAUUGGAUGCCGUUUAUUAGUGAGGGGAUCUAUAUGGCGGCGAAGAUUCGGAGCGAGGCUGGGUUGUCGGGAAGGAUGGUGGGAGGGAGUGGUGUUUAG